UCUUCCCCACCCCCACCGCGCGCCCCAGUCCACCGGCCUCAGAGGGGCGGGGUGGUGCGCGCCAGGGGGGGGAGGCACCUGGUUGCCAGGCAACGGGAUGCUCCCCCAGCGUGAAGCCACGGAGGGGAGUACUUCGGGCAAGACAGUUGGAGAGACCCUGAGCAGCAGACAUGAGCCCUGGUAAGAGCCGACCCGGGAGCUGCCUCCCGAGCGGGGAGCGUGGGGGACCGAGGGCAGCGGGUCCGGGGCUGCGGGGCUCCCCGGGUCGCCUGAGCGCGACCUCCCGGACUGGCUGCGCCUGCCGAUCAGCCGCUGAGCAGCAGCCGCGCUGCGUGGCUCCAGUGCGCCCUCCGGUGCCCAUCGCGGGCACGGCGACCCGAAGCUCCCCACCUGGCCUCUUGCGGCUCCCCAGUGCUGCUCCCAGCAGGACCAGAAGCCUCAUCUGUUCUGUUCCAGAAAAGCAACCUGAAGAAGACGAUGAGGUUGACGCAGUUCUUCUUUCAGCGUCCAAGAUCCUAAAUUCCUCUGAGAGGGUAAAGGAAAGUGACAGCAUCGAAACAGAAUGUGACUGCAUAUCAGAAUCAGAAAAUCAAGUCCAACCGCAGUCAGCAUUGAAAGUCCUUCAGCAUCAGUUGGAAUCAUUUCAGGCUCUUCGAAUGCAGACUCUGCAGAAUGUUACUAUGGUACAAUCUGAAAUCAGUGAAAUAUUGAACAAAAGUAUUAUUGAAGUAGAAAGUCCACAAUUUAGCUCAGAAAAAAAUCUAUUAUUCAGCACACACACUGAAAAGGAUAUGGAAGAAUGGAGUAGCAGAGAUGAAAAUAAGGGAAUACCUGACUUGAAAAUCUUAAAAGAUCCUAUAGAGAAGCAUGAAGAAAUCCUUUCAAAGGAGAAAAUUCAUCAUUUAGAAGAUUCCAAAACAUUUCAUUCAAUGGAAGAAAAAUUCAGUAGCAAUAAUGUUAACAGUCUCUCUCAAAGUAUAAAUAUUCCAUCUCAGAUACAUUUCAAGGAUGCAGUAACUCUUGAGAAUGUAAUGUCUUCCACAGAUAAUUCAGCUUCAAAUAUAAUUAUGAACCCUUCAGAAAAGUCUGAUAUAUUGAAGAAUUAUAAUAAUAUUUAUAGUUUUCUGCCUGCAGUACCUCAAAAUGUGAUGUCUCAGGCCAAUACAAUAAUUCUCGACAAAUCUAAAAUUACCGUGCCUUUUCUGAAGCACGGAUUUUGUGAAAAUUUAGAUGAUAUUUGCCACUCUAUUAAACAAAUGAAAGAAGCACUUCAAAAGUCACACAACAGAGAACUGGCACUUACAAAUGAACUGCACACUUUAAAAACAGAUACAAACACUCAAAGUAAAGAUAAAUAUGACAUAUCCCACACUGACAAAGAAAAAGUUAAUUUUAUUAAGGAAAAAAACAUAAAUGAUAAUUUCAAUGAAGAUAUAAAAUUAAAGAGAAUUGCAGAAUUAGAGGCAUUAGUAAACAAAUUACUCCCACUCAAACAAACAGCAUCAAAAUUCCAUGUACAUUUUUGUAAGAAAUGUAAAAAAUUAUCUAAGAGUGAAAUACACAGGGGUAAAAAGAAUGAGAAAAAACAUAAAGAUAUUCCUAUCAGUGGCAAUAUUAUUACAGAUACAAGGUUCCAUUCCAGAGUUCCAGGACAAACACUGUCAUCCCUCGACCAAACAAAAUGUAAAAUAAAAGACACAGAAGCACCACCGUCUGCAGUAAAACAAGGAUCAGUACUACUUGAAAAUGAGAAAACAUCCAAGUUCAAUUCUGUUACUGAGCAGUGUGUUGCAAAAAUUCAGUACUUACAAAAUUACCUCAAAGAAUCUAUGCAGUUACAGAAAAAAGUGACAGAACUAGAGAACGAGAAUCUAAUCCUUAAGACCAAAAUGAAACCUCUUAUCUUGACGACACAAUCUCUUAUACAGAAAAUUGAGACAUAUGAAAAGCAACAUAAGAAUAUGGUUGAAGAAAAGAACGCUAUUCAGUCCAAGUUACUUAAAACAGAAAAAGAUAGCAAAGAAUAUCUUAAAGGGCUUAAGAAAAUAAUUAGUAAACACAAUGUUCUCCAAGACCAAAAUAAAAUGCUAGAAGAAAAACUGAGUCAGCUUUCUUUGGAGAAGCAACAAAUGAUAGAAGAAUUAAAUGAAUUAAAAAGUAAAGAGCAUAAAACUCAAAAUGAUAUGGUGAUUGUCAAUAAUGAAAAUAAUCGACUGAGUAUAGAAAUGGAAGCAAUGAAAACAAACAUUCUGUUGAUACAAGAUGAAAAAGAAAUGUUGGAGAAAAAAGCAUACCAACUUCUACAGGACAAAAGUUUAGUUGAAAAUGAACUAAAAGAAAGACAGCUGGAAAUCAUGCAGCUAAAAGAGAAAGAAAGAUUGGCAAUGACUGAACAAAACACACUUAUUCAAAUAAUAGAAACCAUUAAAAGUGAAAAAUCAAAUCUUGAAACAACAUUACAAGAAUCUACUGCUGCCAGGCAAAUGAUGGAAAGGGAAAUUAAGACUAUUCAAGACUACCAAUGUACUGCAGAAGAGAAUCUUCUGAAGGAAAUAAAAAAUGCAAAAUCAGAAGCAAGUAUUUAUAAAAACAGCUUGUCAGAAAUCAGCAAGGAAUGUGAAAUAUUAUCUAAAAUGCUAAUGGAAAUUAAGACAGAUAAUCAGAUCCUAAAAGAAGAACUAAAGAAACACAGUCAAGACAAUAUAAAAUUCGAAAACAGCAUCAGUAGACUCACAGAAGACAAAGUCCUUUUAGAGAACUAUGUAAGAAGUAUAGAAAAUGAAAGGGAUGCGUUAGAAUUUGAGAUGCGGAAUCUUCAACGAGAGUAUUUGAGUUUAAGUGAUAAAAUCUGUAGUCAGCAUAAUGGUCUGUCAAAAAUGGCUUACAUUCCAAGAAGAGAGAAACUCCAUUUAGACAACCAUGAUACUUGCCAAGACCCUUCUAGUCCUAGGAGUAGGCCUUUAGCUCCUGAUUUGAAAGGUAUGUAUGUUGUGGUCAAUUAGCAGAUGCACGGAAGAUGCUUUUAGCCUACUGAGCAGUAACCAGAGUACUGAAAUAAAGAGACUUUAGGGUGAAUAUAAUUUACUUUUGUAAGAUUUGCAUCUGAUUUAUUGUAUAACAGGAUUAGUUAGGAAUUUUAUUUUUUAGAUUAAAACUCGUUUCAUUUAUAUUAUAUAUACCAAAAUACAUAAGGCAUCUUUGGCAGGGAACAAGGAUUUUUGAAUUAUUCCUAUGAAGUACACUAAGCAUUUCCAGCUUUAAAACAUUCUUUUUUUUAUUUCCAGGAAUUCCAAGUAAACUGUAUCAACUGCUUCCAUCCAAGAUAUAUAAAUAAAUUUCUAAAAUCAA